AGCCCCCAUUAUGACAGUGGCUACUGGAGACCCAGCAGAUGAAGCUGCCGCCCUCCCUGGGCACCCCCAGGACACCUACGACCCCGAAGCUGACCAUGAGUGCUGUGAGAGGGUGGUAAUCAACAUAUCCGGAUUGCGCUUUGAGACACAGCUCAAGACACUAGCCCAGUUUCCAGAGACCCUCUUAGGGGACCCUAAGAAGCGAAUGAGAUACUUUGAUCCACUCCGAAAUGAAUACUUUUUCGACAGAAACCGCCCUAGCUUUGAUGCCAUCUUAUAUUACUACCAGUCUGGGGGUCGGUUAAGGCGCCCUGUGAAUGUCCCCUUGGAUAUCUUCUCAGAAGAAAUCCGCUUUUAUGAACUGGGUGAGGAGGCAAUGGAGAUGUUCCGAGAGGAUGAAGGCUACAUCAAGGAGGAAGAGCGUCCUUUACCAGAAAAUGAGUUUCAGAGACAGGUGUGGCUUCUGUUUGAAUACCCAGAGAGCUCUGGGCCAGCUAGGAUUAUAGCUAUUGUAUCUGUCAUGGUGAUUUUGAUCUCCAUUGUGAGUUUCUGUCUUGAAACUUUGCCUAUUUUUCGGGAUGAGAAUGAAGACAUGCCUGGUGGUGGGAUUCUUUCCAUACCUACUCUAACAGCACCAUUGGGAUACCAACAGUCCACUUCCUUCACUGAUCCUUUCUUCAUUGUGGAGACACUAUGCAUCAUCUGGUUCUCCUUUGAGUUCCUAGUCAGGUUCUUUGCCUGUCCCAGCAAAGCCGGUUUCUUUACCAACAUCAUGAACAUCAUUGACAUCGUGGCCAUCAUCCCGUACUUCAUCACCCUUGGGACUGAGCUGGCAGAGAAGACAGACGACGCCCAGCAAGGCCAGCAGGCAAUGUCAUUGGCUAUCCUUCGUGUGAUCCGGUUGGUAAGAGUCUUUAGGAUUUUCAAGCUGUCCAGACACUCCAAAGGGCUCCAGAUCCUAGGUCAGACCCUCAAGGCCAGCAUGAGAGAGUUGGGCCUCCUGAUAUUCUUCUUAUUCAUCGGGGUCAUUCUCUUCUCUAGUGCUGUCUAUUUCGCAGAGGCAGAUGAGCGAGAUUCCCAGUUCCCUAGCAUCCCCGAUGCCUUCUGGUGGGCAGUCGUCUCCAUGACAACAGUAGGCUACGGAGACAUGGUCCCCACCACCAUUGGGGGAAAGAUCGUGGGUUCCCUUUGUGCAAUUGCAGGUGUCUUAACUAUUGCCUUACCAGUCCCUGUCAUAGUGUCCAAUUUCAACUACUUCUACCACCGGGAGACAGAGGGAGAGGAACAGGCUCAGUACUUGCAAGUGACCAGCUGUCCAAAGAUCCCAUCUUCCCCUGACCUAAAGAAAAGUAGGAGUGCCUCUACCAUUAGUAAGUCUGAUUACAUGGAGAUCCAGGAAGGGGUAAACAACAGCAAUGAGGACUUUAGAGAGGAAAACUUGAAAACAGCCAACUGUACCCUGGCUAACACAAACUAUGUGAAUAUUACCAAAAUGUUAACUGAUGUCUGAUUGAAACCUAUUAGCAUAUUUACAGCUCAAGUGGAACUAAUGCAGAUAUUGCGUAAUAGCCUGCAUUGUAGCUGUGUCCUAACCGCGUGUACUUGGUUCUGCAUGGAAAGCAAGACUUGUGAAGUGAUAUUUUUUAUUUCUUAAUUUUUUAAAAAUUUAGAACACAGACUAUCCUGUAUGUGGCUUUCAUGCAGACUUUCAUCACAGAUUUAGGGGUUUCCAAAGACUGAAGGUGUAGAAAGGCAGGUGCAACUCAUGAAGUCAGAAUUCAGAAAGGGACAUUCGAACCAUCUCGUGUAAGCAGCAUGAUCUACUAGUGUCAGUGUGUCAUCUCUCCCCAUGAACUGCCCUUAGCACAUGCAAGGGACUCCCCUCCCCAUCAGACUUUCUGGUCAGCCCUCCCUUCUUUCUUCCCUUUUCCUUCCCCCCCCCCUCCCCGCCUUCUCUCCUCCCUCCCCAUAGCCAGAACGGAUCCUGGCUUCACUUUUUAAAGCUCUGGUAACUAUUCCAAAUGUCAUCCCCAUGUUUUGCAUUGAAAAGAACACACAGCCGUGUGUGCAGAAUCACUUUCUGUGUCACCGGCUUGGUGAAUUGCAGUUGCCAAGUGGAGGACUGCUGAGGCUGGUUUCAUAACGGAAAAUACUGCAUUCGACUCUUUCUCUGCAGUGUCAGUGCGAGGCCCAGGGGAGGGACAGCUCGUGUGACCCAAGAUGGGCUGUUAAGACUCAAAUUUCAUGCUCGAGUCUUAGGGGAGAAACCAACCGACUAAGGAACCUCUCUGCCUGGAGGGUCACCGUUUCCUAGUUUUCAGGGUCGCCAAAGAGAACGACCGAUCCCUCCAUGACACCUGAGUUUCCCAGAGUCUCCUUUGCUAAUGUGGUAGCCUCUUGGCAUACUGAUACUGCAGUGAAACCCAACAGUGCUUCAGCACUCUGCAUGGGGAAUUGUUGCAUGAAUCUCAAUAUCUAAUACACAUGAGAUUAAUCUGUUGUGUUUUUCUUUUCAGAGUAGUCUACACACACAGUAUUCAUGCUUAUAGUAUUGAUAGAUUCGGGAUGGCACUGAGUUAGGGGACUUUUUUUAAACCAUGGGAAACCAAAAAAAAAAAAAGUCCUUAAUCGGGGAGAGGAAAAGAUAUAGCGUGAGACUCCCUGGGAAAAGGGAAGCCAGACCUUUUGUGUGCGCUCCACAGUUCUUCCAGGCAGGGGCACAGACCUCAGCUGAGCCAGGAAGGUGAAAUAGCGAGGAAAAGCCUGAGCAGAUCGUGUGGACUGCACCUUAGUCAUUAAUCUUGUUGCAAGCAGGAUUUUUACAGUUGGCCAGAGCAUUUAGUUGUGAGAGCAGGUGGAUCUGUGGAUCCAAUGUACAUAUAUCCAGUAUCCCCUUCAUGUGUUCCUCAACCUACUUACCUACCUACCUAGCUAGAGAUUAAAAAAAAUAGUUGCAUUCAAACAUAAUAUAAGCUUAUGCAAUAUUUUUGACACAGGGCAAUUUAUGCAUGUGUUCUGACUAUGUGCACUAGUGCGUGUAUAUGACUUACUACAUAUACGCGGGCAAACACACAACACACACAAAUAUAAGUAUAAAUAGUAGUUUAUAUACGUGUAUAUAUAUAUGUAAAUGUAUACUCUCUGGAGUUCAGGUUCAGAGGGCAAGGCCAUUGCUCUGUGAGCUGGGGAAAUGACUCAUGUAUGUCUAAGAGGCCUCACGAGUUCAUGUUGGAUUGAUCCUCAUUUUGGAUUGGCUCCCUCACUGGGCUAUGGUUUGCUGCCACCACCUGAGACACUCCAGCCUGUGUGGUUUCUUAGACCAUUACAAAAUGUCUUUCUGCCCUCCAUGUGCUGCAGCUCCAGUCCCCGUGGCUGAAGCUUGUCUUACUGAGUGCACAAGGGCCCAUGGCCCUCACGGUUCCCUCAAGCUGCCCCUUGGCCUAGCUCCAGGGGCAACCUUUUCAUCACCGGUCCUGAAAUCCAGCAGGACAGAAUUAACUCCAUCACCAUCUCCCCUCACCCCACCCCCACUCCUUCUCUCUUUUGGUUUUCUCCUCACCUGGCUCUGUCUACCCAGCCCCUUCCAUGGCUCUCUCCUCCCAGAGGUCUCCUGAUUGAACACCAAGGCUAACAAGGACCCAGAAACGUUGGUCUUUAACUUUACUAUCUAGAAAAGUACAAAGGUAAAUCUGGAUAACUGAAAUCUACAUGUGGUCCAUUAACAAUCUUUGGACCACCAGACUCAACCUCCAUCCCCCCAUAACUCCUUCCUCCCAUUAGACCUGCUGAAGAGGGAGCGUGGCAUAGUAGGGAGGGCAAUGGUAUUGGUGUCAGGAAGCCCUGGGCUUCAAUCCUGCCUUAGAAAAUUACUAGCUACAUGAUUCUGAGCAAGUCACUUAACUCCCCGGCAUCUCAGUUUCCUUAACUGUAAAAUUACAGGAUUAGACUUGAUAAAUCCCCUAAGUCCAUUCAGGGUCUAAAUUGAUUAUCCCAAGUGGGUUAUAUGAGUUUCUUCUUUUAUUCUUCUAUCCUUUUCCCUCUUCCACCAGCCUCUCUCUGGAGGAAGCUAAUAAGGAAUGAAAAAACCCUAGGCUUUGUGAGGAGUGGCAAGAUCAGAGCCCUAUGCCAUCCUCUAGAGCUGAAUUUGUCUAAGAUUCCCACAAAAACAACGAUAGAGCUCUGUGAGCUCCAACUUUUGUCAUAGGCUCAUCUCACUGUCUGCCAAUUGGCUCAGUACCUGUAGUUGUCCUGGGGAGGCAUUGAGACAGGCAUCUAAUGGUUAUGCACCACUUCUAUGCAUGGACUCCUGGGCACAGUCAAGGCCCACGGUGUGCUCUCAUGGACCCACACAUCUUUCAGGGGUUUGCCCAGCUCUGUGUAGUCAUCAUUAUAUGCAUCCAGUCCAUAUGAGGCUGUUCUGAAUUUAUAGGAAUUAAGAAGGGUAUGUACCAUCCUGAUCAUAGUUGAAAGGGAAACAACCCAUAUCUAUAGACUCUAGGUCAGCGCGGUAAGUAUUUUAUUACAAUAUCCUUCUAGAGAGGAGUUAAGAGCAAAGGUUUCCCUUGUGGGAUAGAAAGUCCUCUUAAAAGAAAGUCAAACUCGACCCUCUUUUCAAGAGACACAAAUACAUGCAAUAGAUACACGUGCAAAAGACACACAAUAUGACAUGCAAAGAUGGGCAAAACCCCCAGAAAAUACAUAGGACCAGACCUAUGUGGUCCUACCCACAAUCCAAAUGCACAAAUACAACACGCACAAAUAAUACACACAUGACACCCAACAUACACAGACACAACCAACACAUACCAGGAGAAUCGACAUUUCUCUGCUCAUGGAGCUAAAAAGGAUAAGCACAAACAAAAGUAGAUUCUAAAAUAAGAUUUAUCCCCUUAGCCUCAUCUGCUGCCCCCCCAAAGCCUCCUACACACACACACACACACACACACACACCUCCCAGCUACUUAGGGUUGCUUUUGUACUCCCUGAAUUCUUUCAGGUGCAUCUACUUUUACAUCUCUUGGUGACUUUCUCAACUUCAUUAUCUAUUUUUUUUCUUCUCUUCUUCCUACUUCAUCCAAUCCCAAUUUUUCCUGUCUAAGGAAAAACCUUCAUCUGUGAGUAAAGAUAGGUGAUUGGACCAUCUCUUCCAGAAGGGCUUCUGAUUGGAGCAGAGAACCUUAAAAGAUAGCGCAUAAAAUAAUUUGUUUUUCUUCCCAGAAAUCUAGGGCUCAGAGAGAGCAGGCAGUGCUUGAUGUGCAAACUUACUGUCCUACCGUACUACUUCCUCCAGAGAAUACCACCUCCCCCAGGCCACAUCUAUACCACAGUUCCAUUAAUCCAGUGGGUUUAGUUGUUGUUGGUGAUUUCUUUGUUUGUUUGGGGAAGGUGGGAUGGAGUAUAAGCAGCUUGGUGGCACAGUAGGUAGAGAGCUGGGCUGGGAAUCAGGAAGGCCUAAAUUCUAACCCUGCCUCAGACACUUAGCAGUGUGAUGCCUGGACCCAUUCCUUAGUCUCAGUCUUCGUUUUUCUCAGUAAAAAAGGAGAUCCUAAUAGUACCUACUUCUCAGGAAUGUUCCAAAAAUUAAAAAAAAUCAGAUGAAAUAAUAUAUCAGGCACUCGCAAAACACUAUACAAACGUUCGCUAAUUUUAUUGUUAUUUUUCCUGCAUUACUGGAAUCUCUAGGCUCAGUUCUAGUCUCUUUGAGGCUGCUGGCUACCGAGAAACAAGAGUCAUGGGCUGGGAGCAGCAGAAGAGGAAUACCAAGGCUGUCACUCAGGUCAUGGAUAGCCAGUUUAGAUAAAUAAGGAGAAAUGACAUUUUAUCUGGGGCAGGGGAAUAGUUAACCAACCUUCCUGAAACAACAAUUCCCCGGAUCCCAGUUAUUGAAACCAACCUGCUACUAUUGUUUAGUCACAUUGGGAUUGCUAAUGAAUUGGGCGGUUGAUAAAAAGUGGGCUCCCCUCACUCCUCAGUGCAUCCCUAGAAGGUAACUGCUGAGACGUGAGGACUUCUAGUGCUAGCCUGAGUGAAACAUAGGAAGCUAAAUUGAUUACUUUAAAAAAAUGGGGGGAGGGAGUGCUGGAUUAUGUCUUUUUGUUAAAGAUAGAUACAAGGCUGCACCUGUGAUUUCCUCUGUAUAGGAUACAAGUGGGGAAAUCCCCUCUACCAAUGUCAGUCAGAACUUUCUCUUAAGUUUACAGUCUUAAAAGAAUCACCUAGAGCACUGAGAUUUGAUCCAAGUUAAGUGACUUAGCCAGGAUCACAAAACCAGUAUGCAUCUGUUAAGGGCUAAAAUUCUAGCUAAACUGUCUAAAAUAUCUAAUGAGUGGUCGCCAAUAAAUUAUAAGCUUUAGCAAGAGU